UAUACAGGUGAGACGUUCACAUUUGGAUUAAAAGAGAAAGAUGAAUCAACUAAGGCCACUGAGAAAAUACCUGAGCUUCUUCCAGAGAAGAAGGAUGCUGCUCAUUUGCCUUCCACUCAAUUCCAAGAAAAACAAAUGGAGACACACGAGGAAGUGAAAGCAGCAACCAACAUAGAAGUGACAUCAGAAGAGAAGGAGGCCAGUCAAAAGAGCAGUUUAUAUAGUCCACCAAAGAGUACCUCUGAGCAUCUUCCUCAGGAGACGAAGGCUGCAAGUAUACAUGCCACUACUGCUCAGGAAGGAGCACUUAUGACAAAUGAACAAAGCAAAGAAGCAGCCAAAGUCCAGGAAGUGACAUCAAAAGUACAGGAAGCCAUUGAUGAGGGCAGUGAAACAGAUAUGUCCUUGAGUUUUUUUGACCAACUUUCUCAAAGAGAAACAUCUACAACAUAUGAUCAAAUAAAAGGAGCAGCAGCAGACUGUGCACUGACAACAGAACUGCAGAAAGACAGUCAUGACAACAAAAAAAUUAGUAACUCAAGGGUAUGGAAAGGCAGUCUUGGUGACAAUGAAACUGAUGAAUCACUGAGUAUCUCUUGGCUUCAUUCUGAGAAGAAAGAAGUUGAUAAUAUAUAUGCCACUCUUGCUGAAAGAGGACAACAUAUGUCAAAUGUGCAAAAGAAAGCAGUAACUGCAAUGAAAAUCAAAGAAGACAAGGCCAACCUUAGUGGCAGUGACAAGUCUCUAUCAUGGAGCACUUUUAAAUCUCUUUCUGAGAUUAAAGAAGAUUUUCAUAUGACUACUCAUCAAAGACAAAAAAGUAUGACAUACUCACAAAUAAAGGCAGCAGAGCCUAUAGUGAAAACAGAAGGUGGCCAAGAUAGCCAUGACGACAAUGACAAGCCUGAACCAUGGAGCACUUCUGAGUCAAUUUCUGAGAUUAAAGAAGAUUGUCAUAUGACUAUUCAUCAAAUCCAAAAAUUUAUGACACACUUUUCACAAAUAAAGGAAACAUCAACAGUCUGUGCUGUGGCACCAGAAAGGCAGAAAACCAGUCAUGGAGACAGUGAAAUGGAUAUACCAAGGAGUAUUUCUGAGCCUCUUUCUGAGAAGAAAAAAGACAGUCAUAUAAGUAUUGCCCAAAGACCAAAACAAACAACACAUUCACAAAGAAAAGAAGUAUCAGCAGAUUAUGCUGUGAAACCAGUAAUACAGAAAACCAGUCAUGGAGAUAGUGAAAUGGAUAUAUCAAUGUGUAUCCCUGAGUCUCUUUCUGAGAAGAAAGAAAUUGAUAGUAUAUGUGACACUUCUACUAAAGCAAGACAACAAAUGGCCAAUGAACAAGUAAAAGUACCAGAGCCUAUAGUGAAAAUAGAAGCCAGCCGAGACAGCCAUGGUGACGAUGACAAGGCUGAGUCCCAGAGCAUUUCUGAGCCUCUUUCUGAGAAGAAAGAACAUGAUCAUAUAACUAUUGCUCAAAGUCCAAAACCUACAACACAUUCAAAAAUACAAGAUGCAUUACCAGAUCAUCCCGUAAAACCAGAAAUUCAGAAAGCCAGUCAUGGAUAUAGCAAAAUGGAUAGACCACUGACGUUGUGGCGCAUGCCAGUAAUCCCGGCAAUCGGAAAAGAGUGGGAGGAAUAUCACUGUCAGUCCAAGGCCAACCAGAGAAAACAAAGUGAAUUCCAGAAGCUUAUCCAUGACACUCUUUCUAAGAAGAAAGAAGAUGAUAAUGUACGAGGCACUACUACUAAAGCAAGACAACAAAGGUCAAAUAUACAAGUAAAAGUACCAGAGCCUAUAGUGAAAAUAGAAGCCAGCCGAGACAGCCAUGGUGACGAUGACAAGGCUGAGUCCCAGGAGUUGAGGCACAUGCCAGUAAUCCCACCAAUUGGAAGGCAGUGGGAGGACUAUCACUGUGAGUCCAAGGCCAACCAGAGACAACAAAGUGAAUUCCAGAAGAUUAUCCAUGACACUCUUUCUAAGAAGAAAGAAGAUGAUAAUGUACGAGGCACUACUACUAAUGCAAGACAACAAAUGUCAAAUAUACAAGUAAAAGUACCAGAGCCUAUAGUGAAAAUAGAAGCCAGCCGAGACAGCCAUGGUGACGAUGACAAGGCUGAGUCCCAGGAGUUGAGGCACAUGCCAGUAAUCCCACCAAUUGGAAGGCAGUGGGAGGACUAUCACUGUGAGUCCAAGGCCAACCAGAGACAACAAAGUGAAUUCCAGAAGAUUAUCCAUGACACUCUUUCUAAGAAGAAAGAAGAUGAUAAUGUACGAGGCACUACUACUAAUGCAAGACAACAAAUGUCAAAUAUACAAGUAAAAGAAGCAGAGCCUACAGUGAAAAGAGAAGGCAGUCGCGACAGUCAUGGUGACGGUGACAAGGCUGAGUCACGGAAUAUUUCUGAGCCUCUUUCUAACAAGAAAGAAGACGUUCAUAUGACUGUUGCUCCAAGAUCAAAACAUAUGACACAUUCUCAAAUAAAAGCAGCAGAGUCAAUAGUGAAAAUAGAAGGCGGCCGCAAAAGCCAUGGUGACGGUGACAAGGCUGAGUCACGGAGUAUUUCUGAGCCUCUUUCUAAGACAAAAGGAGAUGGUCAUAUAACUAUUGCUCAAAGACCAAAACAUACAACACAUUCACAAAGUAAAGAAGCAUCAGAAGAUCAUACUGUGAAACCUGAAAUACAGAAAGUCAGUCAUGGAAACAGUGAAAUGGAUAUACCAAAGCAUAUCCCGGAGUCUCCUUCUGAGGUGAAAGAAGCUGAUAAUUUACAUGGCACUACUACUGAAGCAAGACAACGACCGGCAAAUGUACAAAUAAAAGCAGCAGAGCCUAUAAUGAAAAUAGAAGGCAGCCGAAACAGCCAUGGAGACAGUGACAAGGCUGAGUCACAGCAGCGUAUUUCGGAGUCUCUUUCUAAGAAGAAAGAAGUUGAUAAUUUACAGGACACUACUACUAAAGCAAGACAAGGAAUGUCAAAUGUACAAAUAAAAGCAGCAGAGCCUGUAGUGAAAAUAGAAGGCGGUCGCGACAACCAUAGCGACAGUUACAAGGCUGAGUCACGGAGUAUUUCUGAGCCUCAUUCUAGCAAGAAAGAAGAUGGUCAUAUAAAUGUUGCUCAAAGACCAAAACAUCCAACACAUUCACAAAUAAAAGAACCAUCAGCAGAUGAUACUGCAAAACCGGAAAUACAGAAAACCAGCCAUAGAGACAGCAAAAUGGACCUACUAAUGCAGCGUAUCCCUGAGUCUCUUCCUGAGAAGAAAGAAGUUGAUAAUGUACCUGGCACCACUACUAAAGCAGGACAACGAAUGGCAAAUGUACAAAUAAAAGCAGCAGAGCCUAUAAUGAAAGUAGAAGGCAGCCGAGACAGCCAUGGUGACAGUGACAAGGCUGAGUCACGGAGUAUUUCUGAGCCUCUUUCUAAGAAGAAAGAAGAUGGUCCUAUAAGUAUUACUCAAAGAAAACAAACAACACAUUCGAAAAUAAAAGAAGCAUCAGAAGUUCAUACUGUGACACCAGAAAUACAGAAAGCCAGUCGUGGAGACAGUGAAAUGGAUAUACCAAUGCAGCGCAUUUCUGAGUCUCUUUCUGAGAAGAAAGAAGUUGAUAAUUUACAGGACACUACUACUAAAGCAAGACAAAGAAAUUCAAAUGUACAAAUAAAAGCAGCAGAGCCUGUAGUCAACAUAGAAGGCGGCCAUGACAGCCAUAGCGACAGUUACAAGGCUGAGUCACGGAGUAUUUCUGAGCCUCGUUCUAACAAGAAGGAAGAUGGUCAUAAAACUAUUGCUAAACGACCAAAACAUACAAAACAUUCACAGAUAAAAGAAACAUCAGCAGAUCAUACUGCAAAACCAGAAAUAAAGAAAGCUAGCCAUAGAGACAGCAAAAUGGGUCUAUUAACGCCUAUGCCUGAGUCUCUUUCUGAGAAGAAAGAUGUUGAUAAUUUACAGGACACUACUACUAAAGCAAGACAACAAAUAUCAAAAGUACAAAUAAAAGCAGCAGAGCCUGUAGUCAACAUAGAAGGCGGCCAUGACAGCCAUAGCAACAGUUACAAGGCUGAGUCACGGCAGAGUAUUUCUGAGCCUCAUUCUAGCAAGAAAGAAGAUGGUCAUAAAACUAUUGCUCAACGACCAAAACAUGGAAAACAUUCACGGAUAAAAGAAGCAUCAGCAGAUCAUACUGCAAAACCAGAAAUACAGAAAGCCAGCCAUAGAGACAGCAAAAUGGAUCUACUAAAGCAGCAUAUGCCUGAGUCUCUUUCUGAGAAGAAAGAAGUUGAUAAUUUACAGGACGCUACUACUAAAGCAAGACAACAAAUGUCAAAAGUACAAAUAAAAGCAGCAGAGCCUGUAGUGAAAAUAGAAGGCGACCGUGACAGCCAUACCGACAGUUACAAGACUGAGUCACAGCAGAGUAUUUCUGAGCCUCAUUCUAGCAAGAAAGAAGAUGGUCAUAAAACUAUUGCUAAACGACCAAAGCAUGCAAAACAUUCACAGAUAAAAGAAGCAUCAGCAGAUCAUACUGCAGAACCAGAAAUACAGGAAGCCAGCCAUAGAGACAGCAAAAUGGAUCUACUAACGCAUAUGUCUGAGUCUCUCUCUGAGAAGAAAGAAGUUGAUAAUUUACAGGACACUACUACUAAAGCAAGACAACAAAUGUCAAAAGUACAAAUAAAAGCAACAGAGCCUGUACUGAAAAUAGAAAGUGGCCGCGACAGCCAUAGCGACAGUUACAAGGCUGAGUCACAGCAGAGUAUUUCUGAGCCUCAUUCUAGCAAGAAGGAAGAUGGUCAUAAAACUAUUGCUCAACAACCAGAACAUGCAAAACAUUCACAGAUAAAAGAAGCAUCAGCAGAUCAUACCGCAAAACCAGAAAUAAAGAAAGCUAGUCGUAGAGGCAGAAAAAUGGGUCUAUUAACGUGUAUGUGUAGGUGUGUUUCUGGGAAGAAAGAAGUUGAUAAUGUACAGGACACUACUACUGAAGCAAGACAACAAAUGUCAGAAGUACAAAUAAAAGCAGCAGAGCCUGUAGUGAAAAUAGAAAGCAGCCGUGACAGCCAUAGCGACAGUCACAAGGCUGAGUCACAGCAGAGUAUUUCUGAGCCUCAUUCUAGCAAGAAGGAAGAUGGUCAUAAAACUAUUGCUCAAAGACAAAAACAUGGAACACAUUCACAGAUAAAAGAAGCAUCAGCAGAUCAUACUACAAAACCAGAAGUACAGAAAGCCAGCCAUAGAGACAGCAAAAUGGAUCUACUAACACAGCAUAUGUCUGAGUCUCACUCUGAGAAGAAAGAAGUUGAUAAUUUACAGGACACUACUACUAAAACAAGACAACAAAUGUCAAAAGUACAAAUAAAAGCAGCAGAGCCUGUAGUGAAAAUAGAAAGCAGCCACAACAGCCAUAGCGACAGUUACAAGGCUGAGUCACAGCAGAGUAUUUCUGAGCCUCAUUCUAGCAAGAAGGAAGAUGGUCAUAAAACUAUUGCUCAAAGACAAAAACAUGGAACACAUUCACAGAUAAAAGAAGCAUCAGCAGAUCAUACUACAAAACCAGAAGUACAGAAAGCCAGCCAUAGAGACAGCAAAAUGGAUCUACUAACACAGCAUAUGUCUGAGUCUCACUCUGAGAAGAAAGAAGUUGAUAAUUUACAGGACACUACUACUAAAACAAGACAACAAAUGUCAAAAGUACAAAUAAAAGCAGCAGAGCCUGUAGUGAAAAUAGAAAGCAGCCACAACAGCCAUAGCGACAGUUACAAGGCUGAGUCACAGCAGAGUAUUUCUGAGCCUCAUUCUAGCAAGAAGGAAGAUGGUCAUAAAACUAUUGCUCAAAGACAAAAACAUGGAACACAUUCACAGAUAAAAGAAGCAUCAGCAGAUCAUACUACAAAACCAGAAGUACAGAAAGCCAGCCAUAGAGACAGCAAAAUGGAUCUACUAACACAGCAUAUGUCUGAGUCUCACUCUGAGAAGAAAGAAGUUGAUAAUUUACAGGACACUACUACUAAAACAAGACAACAAAUGUCAAAAGUACAAAUAAAAGCAGCAGAGCCUGUAGUGAAAAUAGAAAGCAGCCGUGACAGCCAUAGCGACAGUCACAAGGCUGAGUCACAGCAGAGUAUUUCUGAGCCUCAUUCUAGCAAGAAGGAAGAUGGUCAUAAAACUAUUGCUCAAAGACAAAAACAUGGAACACAUUCACAGAUAAAAGAAGCAUCAGCAGAUCAUACUACAAAACCAGAAGUACAGAAAGCCAGCCAUAGAGACAGCAAAAUGGAUCUACUAACACAGCAUAUGUCUGAGUCUCACUCUGAGAAGAAAGAAGUUGAUAAUUUACAGGACACUACUACUAAAACAAGACAACAAAUGUCAAAAGUACAAAUAAAAGCAGCAGAGCCUGUAGUGAAAAUAGAAAGCAGCCACAACAGCCAUAGCGACAGUUACAAGGCUGAGUCACAGCAGAGUAUUUCUGAGCCUCAUUCUAGCAAGAAGGAAGAUGGUCAUAAAACUAUUGCUCAAAGACAGAAACAUGGAACACAUUCACAUACAAAAGAAGCAUCAACAGAUCAUACUACAAAACCAGAAAUACAGAAAGCCAGCCAUAGAGAUAGCAAAACGGAUCUACUAACCCGUAUCCCUGAGUCUCUUUCUGAGAAGGAAGAAGUUGAUAAUAUAUGUGGCACUGCUAUUAAAGCAAGACAACAACUGGCAAAUGUACAAACAAAAGAAGCAGAGCCUACAGUGAAAAUAGAAGUCGGCCAAAACAGCCAUGGUGACAGUGACAAGGCUGAGUCAUGGCAGCGUAUCCCUGAGUCUCUUCCUGAGAAGAAAGAAGUUGACAAUGUACCUGGCACCACUACUAAAGCAGGACAACAAAUGGCAAAUGUACAAAUAAAAGCAGCAGAGCCUAUAAUGAAAGUAGAAGGCAGCCGAGACAGCCAUGGUGACAGUGACAAGACUGAGUCACGGAGUAUUUCUGAGCCUCUUUCUAAGAAGAAAGAAGAUGGUCCUAUAAGUAUUUCUCAAAGAAGAAAACAAACCACACUUUCAAAAAUAAAAGAAGCUUUAGCAGUUCAUACCCUGACACCAGAAAUACAGAAAGCCAGUCGUGGAGACAGUGAAAUGGAUAUACCAAUGGUGGAAGAAAAACAGAAGACACACCAAAGCAAUGAAAUGGACAUAUCAGAGAAGACAUAUUAUAGCAAUGUUUCUGACACUGAAAAUGAUUUGACUCAACAAAGUCAGGGCAAGACAUCUGAGAAACCACAAAAUCUUGUUCAAAUGAAAGAACAUGCUAGGUUGGCCUUCAAACAAGAAGCUGAGCAAGGAAAAGAUGUGUAUAUGCUUUCUGAAAAUAUGAAGAAACAGCUCCAGAAAAUAGAAAAGAAAUAUGAAAAGGAAGUCAAAGUCAGGAAACAACUAGAAAUGUCUCUUCGAGCUCAAGAUGUGGAAUUGAAGAGAUGGAAGAAAACAAAGGAGAUUGAAGAUGAAAAUAUAAUGUUAAAGAAAAAACUUGUAGAAUUUGAGCAUUCGCUAAAAUCAACAGCACAUGAUUUGAAUGAGAAAAUUGUUGGAUUGGAAAAGAAACUACAACGGUACACAGAUCUCUUAGAAGAAGCAACAAAGAGAUCAAGUAAUUCAAAAAAUGAAGGCAUACCUCAUGACACGAAACACUUUUACCAUAAGAUUGAAAUAAUUAACACAACACACGAGCAUAAGGUCUCUCGGCUGGAGCAUACAACUGAAAAGCUCAAAUCUAAGCUCUUUGAGAUGGAGACACAAAAUUGUCUAGCUACAAUCAAAACAGAAAAGUAUAAGACAUUAGACCAAGAAGUGAGAGUAAGAAAAGCUCAAAAACAGAGCAUGUGUCCUGUGCAAUUUACUAUGGAGACUGACCAAAGACGUUCAGAACCAGAAGAUUUAAGAACAGCAAAUGUAAAUCCAAGGUCUUCUGUGGAGAGUCCUAACUUCAACCUAGCCAGACUGAAAGAGCAAUAUCUCAAAAAAUUACAAUGUAAUCAAAAUUCUUCAGAUAGAAGUUCACAAAAAUACCCAUUGACACAUCUGUUAAAUGAAUGCAAUAAUAGAAAUACUAAAGAAGAGUCAGAAACAUCGUCUAGACUACCAAAGCGUCCUGUGCAAUUUAGUUUGGGGACUGACCAAAGACAUUCAGAGCCAGAAGACUUAAGGACAGCAAACGUAAACCCAAGGUCUUCUGUGGAGAGUCCUAAUUUCAACCUAGCCAAACCGAAAGAGCAAUAUCUCAAAAAAUUACAAUGUAAUCAAAAUUCUUCAGAUAGAAGUUCACAAAAAUACCCAUUGACACAUCUGUUAAAUGAAUGCAAUAAUAGAAAUACUAAAGAAGAGUCAGAAACAUCGUCUAGACUACCAAAGCGUCCUGUGCAAUUUAGUUUGGGGACUGACCAAAGACAUUCAGAACCAGAAGACUUAAGGACAGCAAACGUAAACCCAAGGUCUUCUGUGGAGAGUCCUAAUUUCAACCUAGCCAAACCGAAAGAGCAAUAUCUCAAAAAAUUACAAUGUAAUCAAAAUUCUUCAGAUAGAAGUUCACAAAAAUACCCAUUGACACAUCUGUUAAAUGAAUGCAACAAUAGAAAUACUAAAGAAGAGUCAGAAACAUCGUCUAGACUACCAAAGCGUCCUGUGCAAUUUAGUUUGGGGACUGACCAAAGACAUUCAGAACCAGAAGACUUAAGGACAGCAAACGUAAACCCAAGGUCUUCUGUGGAGAGUCCUAAUUUCAACCUAGCCAAACCGAAAGAGCAAUAUCUCAAAAAAUUACAAUGUAAUCAAAAUUCUUCAGAUAGAAGUUCACAAAAAUACCCAUUGACACAUCUGUUAAAUGAAUGCAACAAUAGAAAUACUAAAGAAGAGUCAGAAACAUCGUCUAGACUACCAAAGCGUCCUGUGCAAUUUAGUUUGGGGACUGACCAAAGACAUUCAGAACCAGAAGACUUAAGGACAGCAAACGUAAACCCAAGGUCUUCUGUGGAGAGUCCUAAUUUCAACCUAGCCAAACCGAAAGAGCAAUAUCUCAAAAAAUUACAAUGUAAUCAAAAUUCUUCAGAUAGAAGUUCACAAAAAUACCCAUUGACACAUCUGUUAAAUGAAUGCAACAAUAGAAAUACUAAAGAAGAGUCAGAAACAUCGUCUAGACUACCAAAGCGUCCUGUGCAAUUUAGUUUGGGGACUGACCAAAGACAUUCAGAACCAGAAGACUUAAGGACAGCAAACGUAAACCCAAGGUCUUCUGUGGAGAGUCCUAAUUUCAACCUAGCCAAACCGAAAGAGCAAUAUCUCAAAAAAUUACAAUGUAAUCAAAAUUCUUCAGAUAGAAGUUCACAAAAAUACCCAUUGACACAUCUGUUAAAUGAAUGCAAUAAUAGAAAUACUAAAGAAGAGUCAGAAACAUCGUCUAGACUACCAAAGCGUCCUGUGCAAUUUAGUUUGGGGACUGACCAAAGACAUUCAGAACCAGAAGACUUAAGGACAGCAAACGUAAACCCAAGGUCUUCUGUGGAGAGUCCUAAUUUCAACCUAGCCAAACUGCAAGAUCAAAAUGUCAAAAAUAGACAAUGUGAUCAAAAUUCUUCACAUAGAAGCUCACAAAAAUGCCCAUUGACACAUCUGUUACAUGAAUGCAAUGAUAGAAAUACUAAGGAAGAGUCAGAAACAUCAUCUAGACUACCAAAUAUGCAAGUCACUGAUGAAGCCAUUGUCGAAAACAGGAGAGUCUGUAUUUGCCUUUGUCCUUGUCACAAGUCCACCAGGCAAAGUAGUUUGGAGACCAGCCAAGGAUCAUCUCUGACUGAAGACCUGAUGACAGCACGUGCAAAUCCAAGGUCUUCUGUGCAGAGCACCAGCGCUGAGCUAGCCCGGCUGCAACCUGAAGAUUAUGUCAAAAAUAGACAAUGUAAUUUAAAUGCUUCACACAUAAGGCCACCACAAUACCCAGUGACAGAUCUGCAAUGUAGAACUGGUGAGAAAAAAAGUAAAGAAGCAUGGGAAACAACAUCACAUAGACCAUCAAACUCUACGAGGCAAAGUGGUACAGGGGUCAGCCAAGGAUCCCCCCCAUCAGAAGACCCGAUGAAAUUCCACACAAUCCCAAAGUCUUCUGAGUGUGCCUUCUGCUCUCACAGCUCUACAAGGAAGAGUAAUAUGGGGGUCAGCCAGGGAUCCCCCCCAUCAGAAGACACAAUGAAAUUCCACACAAUCCCAAAGUCUUCUGAUUGUGCCUUCUGCUCUCACAGCUCUACAAGGCAGAGUAAUAUGGGGGUCAGCCAAGGAUCCCCCCCAUCAGAAGACCCGAUGAAAUUCCACACAAUCCCAAAGUCUACUGAGUGUGCCUUCUGCUCUCACAGCUCUACAAGGCAGAGUAAUAUGGGGGUCAGCCAGGGAUCCCCCCCAUCAGAAGACCCAAUGAAAUUCCACACAAUCCCAAAGUCUACUGAGUGUGCCUUCUGCUCUCACAGCUCUACAAGGCAGAGUAAUAUGGGGGUCAGCCAAGGAUCCCCCCCAUCAGAAGACCCAAUGAAAUUCCACACAAUCCCAAAGUCUACUGAGUGUGCCUUCUGCUCUCACAGCUCUACAAGGCAGAGUAAUAUGGGGGUCAGCCAAGGAUCCCCCCCAUCAGAAGAUCCAGUGAAAUUCCACACAAUCCCAAAGUCUUCUGAGUGUGCCUUCUGUCCUCCUCACAGCUCUAGGAGGCAAAGUGGUACAUGGGUCAGCCAAGGAUCCCCUCCAUCAGAAGACCCAAUGCAAUUUCACAGAAUCCCAAAGUCUACUGAUUGUGCCUUUUGCUCUCACAGCUCUACAAGGAAGAGUAAUAUGGGGGUCAGCCAAGGAUCCCCCCCAUCAGAAGAUCCAAUGAAAUUCCACACAAUCCCAAAGUCUUCUGAGUGUGCCUUCUGUCCUCCUCACAGCUCUAGGAGGCAAAGUGGUACAUGGGUCAGCCAAGGAUCCCCCCCAUCAGAAGACCCGAUGCAAUUUCACACAAUCCCAGAGUCUUCUGAGUGUCCCUUCUGUCCUCCUCACAACUCUAGGAGGCAAAGUAGCAUGGGGAUCAGCCAAGGAUACCCCCCAAGAGAAGACCUGAUGCAAUCGCACACAAUCCCAAGGUCUUCUGUGGGUGCCUUCUAUUCUCCUCACAGCUCCACGAGACUAGAUUAUUAUGGGCUAAGUCAAAGACACUGUCGAAAAAAACGUAAAUCAGGAUUUCAAUUAUGGCUGGAAUCUGAGCAAAAAAUGGAGAUCUAUCGUGCCAGGGUGGAAGCUUAUGAAUUUCUUCGAUAUGCAUAUCGUCCUCAAAACCCUACCGGCUGCAGUUCACUAGAUUACCCAUAUGUAGAUCUGCUACAAGGACUCUAUGAUACCUCAAGUGAUGACGAGUCAGAAAUAACAUUCUAUUGAAAACCAAUAUUUAUGCUGUAAUUACAUGUGCCAUAAAGUGGUGAUAAAAAGCAAUUACUGAAGGACCUUAAGCUGUGAUGUUACAGACUGCAUCAUGAGAGAUCCCACAACUUAUUUUAGCACUGAGGAAAUUUCACUCCUUUAACAGAGAGACGUGGUGUACCAGCCAUCUAUGAGAAGACUCUGAAGAGUAACUUCCAUCCACGAAUCCCAACAAGAAUGGACUAAAAUUUCUAAGCAGGAAGAGUUGUUUUGUCAACCACAGAUACCUGAAAUAUUGGAGGCAUAUGCCUUUAACUCACCUGCAAAAGCCCUUUACUUAUGCAAAAAAUAAAAUGUUGGUGAAAAGUU